GUGUAAUCAGUUUUGUGUUUAGAUGAUAAUGCGGCAUAUUUGUCAACAAGAAAGGAAGAUGAAAGUAUAAUAUUGUGAUUUUUUCGAAUACACAUUAAUUGAGAAGAUUGACACUUAGCCGCAUGACAGAAAUGGAUGAAUUAAUUGCAAUAAACGUGCGAUACGAAGGGGACAACGAAGCUUCACAAAUAUUUCAACUAAACCCAAAGACACAAUGGCGAGAUCUGGAAGCCAUGUUGAAGGUCCAGUACGACUGUGAAAAUGUGGAGGUAUUCUAUGUUGAUACAGAUGGUGACUAUAUUAUUUUAAGCAGUCAAGAGGAGUUGGAGGAAGCUUUCAAAGUUGCACAGAACUGCUCCAGUACUCUACAUCUCAAACUCAGAAAUUUCACAGGACAACAAGUAGAGUCAGAAACACACAGGGGGGAUAAUUCUCCACAGACACCAGGAGGAGACACUGAUGUAAAGAUAAUGAUGGAAUCUUCUGUUGACCCUAAAUCUGAACCUCAACAGAACACAGAACCUCAGAAAGAACAAGGAGGAGAUUCCUGUUCUAGUGAGGCAGAGUUAGAGAAACUAGAAAUGUGGCUCCACGAAGACAGUAAGCCAUUGAUAAGAUCUAAAGAAGUAGAAAAGCAAAUGGCACCAACUGUUGACAUUGUUACUCCAUCAGAAGAUGAAAAGAAGGAGGCUGGAGAACUAAAGCCAUCUGAUGGACAGAAAGAUGAAGAGACGGGAGCAGUUUAUGUCAAGCCAAAGGUAAUGAGACAAAAAGUAAGAAAGUCUGAAAAGACAUUAGAACAUAGAAGGCGUCAUUGUAGAAGUGCAGAAAGGUCACGAAGACACAGAUAUGAAGAAGAGGCUGAAACUUCAGAUGAUUCUGCUAUGCCGUAUGAUGUGUUCAUUAAAUACAUGCAGCAGUUAAAACUUGAAUUGAGAACAGAAAUUGUAAGAGAUGUUACCAGGAAAACAGUGAAACAAGUAUUGAAGGGAUUAGAUGGAGCAGUGAUACAGUCAAUGAAGGGGGGUAACUCUGAUGGUACGGUAGAAAUACCUGUAUCCCCAAUAAAGACAGAAGAUACUCCUAUCUCAUCAGCAGUAAAGAACAAAGAAGUGGGAACAGUAGAAGCAACAUCUUCACAUCCAAUAUACUACCAUGAACAUGUGACCUGUGACUUCUGUGAGAGGACCAUUGUAGGAGCUCGGUACAAAUGCUGUAAUUGUAGUGAUUAUGAUUUAUGUGAAGAGUGUGAGGCCAUCCAUGGAGUUCAUGACCCCAAUCAUGUGUUCCUGAAGAUCAGACGACCAGUUCGACUCCGCAAUACAACUCCUCUUCUAAAACAGAUAAUUUACAGAUCAACUUCAACUGAACCUAUUGAAGCCAGGCAACCAUUGUUUGAAAGUGCAGAAAAAUUACUGAAAGCUAAAAUGGAUAAAUUAAAGGCUCAACUAUCACAUAAGCAAGAUAAACUGAGGAAGAAGGAAGAAAAAAUACUGAGAAAACAAAAAAGGAAAGAAGAUAGACUUCAACAGUGGUUAGAAUCUUCAAAGCAUGAUGUUAUGCAAGUUAGACAUGCAACUGUUGAACUUUUAAUGGCUGCAGACUUCUUGUAUGAUGUUACUAUACCAGACGGAACAAGAGUACAACCAGGAACCAGACUUAUGAAAACUUGGAGAAUAAGAAAUGCAGGAACAUCUAAAUGGACUGAUUCAACCAAGUUGAAAGUAGUAUAUGAUUGUAUACCAACUGUUCGCAAGGAAGAAAAUGUACCAAAAUUGAGACCUGCAGAAGAAGGGGAGAUAACCGUUGAACUUGUUGCUCCUCAAAAACCAGGUCGUUAUCAGAGCCAUUGGAAGAUGUUCGACCAUGACAGGUCAUUUGGACAUCGUGUAUGGUGUGAUAUCAUUGUAGAACCUAAAGAAGUCCUGGAACCAACUAAAGAUGAUACAUUCAAACUUGUUCAACAGUCUCAACAAGCAGAAAACUUGCAUCAGAAAAGUGAAUAUGAAGAAAUCCCUGAAAGAGAUGUAAAAAUAUCACUGAAGGAAGACUUCCUGUUAGAACCACGUCAGACAAGUCUUAAAUCAAACGAGGAAACAGAAAAAAGGGAACCAGGAGAAGGAGAAGAAAAUAUAAAGAUAGUCAUGGCCGACAGUGUAGCUGAAAUAGCUGACAAAAUGGUAGAAUUUGUGUGUGAACAGAUGGAUAGGAGUGAAGCUAAAAAUGUUGAACAUGUUAUGCCUGAAAAUAAUAAUGAGGAAACCAUAGCUCUAGAAAAUGAACCCAGAUCUGGUGAUCAAGAAGGAGAGAAUCUUGAUACUGGAAUUCCAAUGGAAUUUGCUGGACAUCAAAAAGAGAUCAGUGACACUGGUAAUAAAUAUGAAACUACUAGGAAAAGUGGUGACGAGUCAGACUUCAGUGACGGACAUGGGUUCCUGCAUGUACAGGGCCCUGAUCUGAUUGCCUUUGAGAUGGUAGAGCCUGGUGAAGAAGACAAGUAUGAAAAUGCUCUUCCUGUUGAAGAGGAAAAGUUUGAAAAUGCAGAAGAAUAUCUGAAUGAUAGAAAAGAAGAAGUUCAGAUAGAAGAGAGGCAGGUUCUGUCAAGAAGUAGCAGUGUUGAAGUUGUAGAUAUGACACAAGAUGAAUCUGCACUUGAUGAGGAAGUUCAGGAUCAUGAAUAUCUGAGAAGUUUACAGAAUCCUGUUACAGUUAAUGUAGAUGAAGAUGAGGAUGAUGAUGAUGAUGAUGAUGAUGACAGUAUGACCGAUAGUUCCUACGACAUAUAUAAUGAUAGUGAAGAUGAUUUCUUGGUUGUCCCCAUGCCUGCCUGUUUCAAUUUGGAGAAACCAAUCAGCUUUCAACAACCAGAGAGUCAGUCUGAAGAUGAAAGGGGAGAUAAUUUGGAUGAUAAUCAUAACAGGAUUCAUGUUGCUGAUGAACAGACCAGAGUAUCUGUAGAUGAUAUACUAACUACAUCUGGCACCAUAGCCACGCCCCCUUUGGAGCCAGAAGCUGUAGCCAUGCCGCCACAGGAAGUAGAAGAAACAGCCAUAAUUAAGAAAGAUUCUGAUCUUGAUGAUUUACUUGGAACAGAAUCAGUGGAAAAGGAUAAUCUUGUUAGUGCAAGUGAAACUGACAGUGAAGAAACCAAAGUUGUAGAAAUCACUCAACAUCCUGGACAAGCAGACAAAAAGGAAGAAGUAACUUCCCCUGUUGUAACAACACAACCAGAGGGAGCCACUGCAAUGGAAUCACAAGAGGAUAAACAACAUGAACAAAGACCAGCAGAACUUGUGAAUCAGAUCAUGCACACUGCAGUAAAAGCUGCCAACAAAGCUGCUGCUAAUGCCUAUACUACAGCCAAAGAAGUUUUCUACACUUGGCAGGCAAGAACUUACCAGAGUGCUGGUGGAAAAACAAACGGUUACAAACCUCCAACAUCGUCAUGGAAACCUAAAGAGAGCGACUUUAAACCACCACAAUCUGACUGGAAACCAAAAAAUGAAGCUAGUAAAGAAACAGAACCAUGGAAAGCGCCAAAUGCUGAUUACAAACCACCAAAAUCUGAGUGGAAACCUAAUAGCGACAAAUGGCAACCUCCAAAAGAAGCAGGACCAAUGGCUAAGCUUAAAGAAAUGGGAUUUUGCAAUCGUGAAUUGAACGAAAAACUUCUGAAAAAACAUAACGAUGAUGUGGAGACUGUUGUACAAGAAUUGUUGUCAACAACAGAAAAUGAUUGGAUGGCACAGAGACAUUAGUUUGCCGUUACUAUGGAAACUGGCUCAGUUUAUAGAAUUUGCUUAAAAUCAGUGGAUGCAUAGAAAUAUGGAGUGUGACAAGAACUUCGUGUUAUAUAAUUUUUUGAACACUUAUUUUGUCUUUUAUUUUUAAAAAUAGUGUUCAACAGUUUAUCUUUGCCAUUUUUUUUAUUUUAUCUUUAUUGAUAAAAUUUUAAGGAAUUUGUGGAAUUUCUUCUACAAUUUAUAAUUUAUGUAAAAGUGAUACAUGUACAUAAAAUAUCUAAAAAUUAGCUUAAAUUGUAUUUUUUCUCUUGCAUAUCUUUGAUUCCAUCUAUUUAAUAGUAUUUAUGUUCUAAAAAGUUUCAUUAUUAAAUGGUGUCAAGAAUGUUAUAAUUCUUGAAAAGUUUGUAUUCAAAAUAUUUUUUCCAUUGUUGUCGAAAGUAGAAGGUCAAAUGGUUGACCUUUAAAAAGAAAAAUGUUUAAUUUUACUUAUGGUUUUAUUUAAGAAAAUAUGUAGGAAAAUAUUUGUUUUAUUCUUUGUUGAUUGAAGGUUUGUCUCUCAUUAUGCAUAUUGGGCUACGAAUGUACAUGUAGCUUGAUAAUAAAAUGUUAUAUUUUGUGUUGUGUAUACACAUGACAUGCAACUAUCUUCACAACAUUAUUAAUGCAAUUGUUAUGAUACCUUAGUUUCGUGUUUUUCCUUCACCAAAAACAAUUGUAAGAUUAAUAGGAGACUGUGUGAUGUCAUUUUAAAGUCCGGUACACCUAAAACCAGUAUAUCUGCACUAGAUGAUAGAUGAGUUUUGAUGAAGUACAGCAAUAACACACUUUUCCUUGGCUGUUGAUUUUGUACAAAUUUAUGUACACAUUUUGUGUCAUGAAUGAAUACAGAAUUAUCUUUCUUUCCAAGCCCAAAUUUUUUUCAGGAAGUUGAAAUAAGAAUUCUCUCCAUUCAUUUUUUUAAUGUCAGGAACCAUCCUUGAAAAUAAAAAUAAAAACUUAUAGUAAUUUCUGAAUUUGUAUUUCUGUUUGAUAAGGAGUCAAACCUGAAAAAAAAUAUCAUUCUUAGAAAAAAAUAUACUUGCUUACUUAUUUGAACUUAUAUAUGUAAAUACAAUUAUUAUGAUACAUGUUGAAUUCUGUGAUUGGUUAAUUUUUUGUUGUUGUUUAUUUAUUUCCCCUUAUUUGAUUUUUAUGUAUAUUUUUUAUUAAUACUUUGACUUUAAUGUUAUGAUUUAUUGAUUUUGUGUAUUAGUGCUUUGUGAUAAUGGGGAGACUAUUUCAUGUAAACAAGAUUUUUGUAUAAAUAUUGCUCUUAGUGGUUCACUUACAUGAAAAUAUUAAUCAUGAGAUUUUGUUUAAAUACAUAAUCAGCAAUUAUUACAAGUUAAACAAAUAUUAAUGUCAGUUUAUCAGUUUUCAUGUACAGUUGGUAUAGUGCACAAUGUUAUUCAGUUUGAAAAUUUUCAGACAGAUCACCCUUUUAUAACCCUGUCCUUUAAAUCACAGAUAGAAAUUUUAGAACAAGUUAUUUAAAAAAUUACUAAUAAUCUGUGAAUCACUAGAAUCUGUUGUACAUAAGAUAUAUUCAUUUUAUUUGAUAGAGGACUAUUUGUUAUCUUAGGUUAAAGAUAUUUGUCAGUUUGAAGAUGUAUGUGUUUUUGGGUUAAUGUUUUUCAAAAAAUGUAUCUUUAUAUUCUGUUAAUUAAGAAAUUUUUCAUGCAUUUUUUGUGUUUGUUGAGCAAUGGACAGACAUGCAAGAUUUAUUAUUGCAAUUUUAGGAAAAACUGUUUAAAAAUAUUGAAAAAUUUGCAAAAUAUAUCACUCUGCAAUUUUUGCAGUAAUAAAAACACAGCAAAAAUUUCUGAAUUAACUAUGUAUUUUUCAAUACAGAUUGUCAAAUAAUGAUGGAAAGUCAUACUUUAAUUUCUGCAGGUACAGUAUAUACAUUUGCAUAUGUUGGUAUUGUUGGGCUUUGUCAAGAAAUUUAAACCAAAAUUUAUUUCAAAUUUACAUAGAAUUACAUUUCCUACAAAAAAAAUCUCAUGAUAAUCUGUAGCUUUCAUUUCUUGGUAUUAUCAGUGUAAACUUUUUAUUUCAUCUUUGGAUUAUCUCCCCUUCACUGAAAUCUCCACACUCCAGUUGUCAGUUUAACUUAUAUCAAAUUGAAUGUAAACGGGCUGACAAUAUUUUUUAAGAUACAAAUGUAUAACAAAUAUCUUCUUGAUAAAUAUCAUUUGACCUUUGUCUAUAGUCUUUUGACCUUGGACAAUCAAACUGCAAUUGUAUAUGAAAUUGUAUAUGAAAUGUUUAACAUUGUAAUACACUAUAUGCAUAAAUGGAAAAAAAAGUUAUAAUUUGUCAAUUUAACUUUCAACUUCUUCAAUUAUUUGUAUUAAAUUUUCAGCUGUAGAAUGAUUUUAUUAACUAACCUCACAACAAAUCCAAAACUGUCAUAAAACAUUGUUUUUUUACAAUUUUGUUGUAUUAAUUGCAUUUUUUGAAAAUUUAUAUGCAAAAUUUAGAAUUUUCUAAGCUUAUGAAAAUAAUUGACUUAAUCUGUUUGACUUUACCUUGAUAGUGAAAGAAAUAAGUUUGUAUGUACUGAUAGUGGAAAUGACCUUAGCAUGAAAAGGUUAUAGGUUAUAAUAGUGUGUGACCUUUGGGAGUUCAUGAUCUUAUUACAGAUAUGGCAGUCAUGUUACUGUAAACCAACUAAUUUUCAAGAACAAUUUAAUUUGCAACUUUUGCGAGUAAAGCAAGAACAUAAAUGUAAAUCAUCACAAGUAUUUCAAACAUUAAUCUUCUUCUGUAUGAAUACAGUAAAAACAAAGUUAGAAAAUCAUGGAAAUAUAUCACUGUGGAGGCUGCUUGAAACAGCAAACUGCUAAAAAAAUGUAUCCCCUAAAAUACUUUGGUUUACAAUAUGUUGAUCUUUAUUAAGUUAAGGAACUUUCAAAGGUAUUUUUAAAUGCAGUGUAAUGGUAUUGAUAGCAAAAUAUAUUUUCUUAUUUGAAUGGUGAAUUACCCAAUAUGGCAAUGAUUUUUCAAGCUUGAAAAAAUAGUUUUGUUGAUUUAUAGAGUAAGUUAGCAAAGCAUAUCUAGAAUUUAUAGCAGGUCUACAUAGUCUUUGUGUUUAAUUUAAUGUUUACAAUGUCUUUCAUAACAAUAAACAUUAUUGCAUAUA